AUGGCGACCGCCAAGAGGAACGCAGUGGCGCCGCCGCCUGGACCGCCCACGAUGCCGCGGGUGCAGCCGCCCAUCGACCACCUCCAGAUCCUGCUGCAGCGCUUCGAGUCGCUCAUCUCUUCCAUAGUCACGCUGAGAGAAGAGACUCAGAUGAUACCCGGCAUCGACGAAUGGCCCUCGCUGCUCAACCGGUACUCCAACCUCCUCUCGCACGCCUACUCGAUCAAUGCGUCCCUCCUUUCUGCAUCGCCGCACUUUUUGUCGUCGCAGCUGAUCGCCUUCAACAAGGUGCUCGAGGCCGAGGCCCGCAGUGCCAACCUCUACGCCGGCGUCGAGGAGAGCACCUCGGCCCUCUUUGGCGGCCUGCUCGGCGGGCGGAGCGGCGCUGCGGGAGGCGUUGAAGGCGACGACGACGUCAAGGCCACCGCCGACGGCCUGCCGGAACUCAGCUACCGCGACGCCAAGAACCAGCUGCCCUCGUUGGUGGCCCACCCGCUGCUGCCCAUCGCAGAGGAGAACCUCAACUUCCUCGGAGCCCUUCUGCGCACGGCCCCGGAGCCGCAGAUCCUCGAACAGGAGCUGCAGCUGGUCCGCGAGUACGACGAGCAGGCUGCCGAAAAGCAGAGGCUCGAGGCCGAGGCCAACCCGGGUGUCCCCAGCCUGUCAGAGGCUGAGCAGCUCGACGAGGACAUUGCGCAGCACGACGUCCUGGCACUCCGUGCGCUGCGCAUGUGGUAUCACAUCCAGCAGGCGCCCGACGAGGACGGCAACGUCUUCAACCCGCGCGAUCGAUUGCCGCGUGAGGAAGACGAGCUGGAGAACGAGGAGGACGAGGACGACGACGACGGCGACGAAGAAAUGGGCGUGGGUGGUGCGACCGCCGCGGGACAAGCAGAAGACACGCCGGCCGAGAGGCGGAGGAGACUGCAGCGCCGCAAGGAGGCAGAGCGCAACACAUGGACGGCCGACAGCGUGGCUGCCUUCCUCCAUGGCAAGCUGCCGGCCACGCAGCCUUGA